AAGGAAGUUUAAAAACAUGUAACAUUGCACAUUCUGGGGAAGAGGUGUCAGGUGUCAAAGGUGUCAAGUGUCACAUUUGCUAUAAAAAGUACAACUCUAAAUAAAGGCUACAUACUGUAGAUUAUACAUUUUGAGUAAACAUUCUUAAUUUAAAGUUGUUUUUCAUAUGAGUCAACUAUUCAGAAAUAAGGUGGCAGACAGAAUGCAAUUUAUCAACAUGGAUUUCUUUGUGUAUAUUUUGUUGAUAAUGACCAUGGUCGAGAUAGUACAGUCAGAAUGUGUUUUGAGACAGUCUUACAAUCAUGAAGAAGUAAAAAUAAUUUGCAGUGACAGAAACAGUGAUGACAUCAUAACACCAAUAGAAAACAAAAAAAAGAAACAUUUGAUAAAAAAACUGGAUCUGAGCAAUAACAACUUGGAGGGUAUUCCUCGCCAGAUUUGUGACUUUGAAAAUUUGAUUUCAAUCGAUUUGUCGCACAAUAACUUGACGGCACUCGAGAGUGACAUCUUUGAUAACUGUUCCACUUUGCAGCGUCUCAAUCUGAGCAAUAACAACUUGGAGAGUAUUCCUCGCCAGAUUUGUGACUUUAAAAAUUUGAAUUCAAUUGAUUUGUCGCACAAUAACUUGACGGCACUCGAGAGUGACAUCUUUGAUAACUGUUCCACUUUGCAGCGUCUCAAUCUGAACAAUAACAAACUUCGGAUUAUUCCGACAGGACUGUUUGCCAAACUUAAAGACAUUACUCGCAUCGAUCUAAGUGAAAAUAAUGUGGCUGAUAUUCAAAGAAAUGCAUUUUUGGAUAAUUAUAACCUACUGUAUUUAAAUGCAAGCUACAAUAACUUAACAACAAUGGACACUUAUACGUUUCAACUAUUGGGCCAAGAUCGGCAGAAAACUCCAAUUGAGAAACAAUUUGAUUUCUCGCAUAAUAAUCUGGAAUCAUUCAGAAGCAGCAGUUUUCAUUUUGAUUUCACAAAGGCAUAUCGGUUUUAUAUGGAUCUCAGAUAUAACCGAUUCAAAUACAUAAAUCUGGAACUUGUGCAACCAUUCCAUCUUACCAAAUUAAGUGAUUUAUUUGCAUUGUUCGCCAUUGAUGGAUUUUUAUACAUUGAUUUGUCAAAGAAUCCAAUCAUAUGCGAUUGUAAUAUGUAUGACACUCAAAAGAUUGUCAAAUCAGUUAUGUCUUUGCCUGGUCAACUAUAUGAGUUCACAAUUUGGGAAAGCAGAUCCUUGAUAUGUAUGUACCCCCCUCAGCUACAAGACCAUAGGUUAAUUGAAGUACAUGAAGACGACCUAGUGUGCAAUAUAACGGAAAACUGCCCUGUGAAUUGUACAUGUAUUCGAAAACCCAAUGUGAAACGUCUCGCUAUUGAAUGUAAGAACAAACAAUUGGCAGAUCUUCCCCAAAAACUUCCCAGUGUUCAGUAUGGAAUUAACGAAAAGAUUGACCUUGAUGUUAGUGAUAAUAACAUUGAAGAAUUGCAUUACAGGCCGUACUUCAACGAUUUAGCUACGCUUGAUGCCCAAAACAACCAAAUAAAAUACAUUGCCAGUUCAGCUUUAGAAAAUCUAACAAGUAUGGAGCAACUUGUUUUGAACAACAAUAAACUGCGAUACCUGCCAAACAAGAUUUCUGUGUUUCCCUUUGUGGGUUUAAAGAACAUCUCUCUACAUCAGAAUCCAUUGGAGUGCACAUGUGACACAUUCUGGAUUAAAGCAUGGCUUUGGAGCUUAUCGGAACGACGUGUCUUACAUAAAUCAAGACACAUAACAUGCACCAGUGGAUCUGCACCAAUCAUGGAACAUGACUUUAAUGAGGAAUUGUGUAACGUAAACUGGGGGAUUGUAGCUGGUAUUCCAGUGAGCGUCACAUUCUUAAUUACAAUCAUCUUGGUGAAUCUAUACUGCUUCAAAAAUGUACUGAUAUUACUUAUACGGAAGAAGAGGAAAUAUCCGGAGCACCCUGAAGGGAAAGAAUAUGAUGCAUUUGUUGGGUAUGUCACUGAAGAUGUCCGCUGGAUAAGGAAUGUUCUAAUACCCAUUCUUGAGCCCAAAUACAAACUUUGUAUUCAUAACAGAGACUUUGUAGUUGGUAGAACCAUUGCAGAUAACAUUGCAGAUGCUAUUGAGAAAAGUCAGCGCACAAUUAUGGUGCUAUCUCCGAGGUUUCUGGAGAGUGGUUGGUGUAAGGAGGAGUUCCUUGUUGCCCAUAGGCAAUACAUGCUGCACCCCAGCCAGGUCCUUAUACCGAUUUUGCUGGAUGAUUUUGAACAUGACCUGCCAACGAUACCCAACUACGUCAAAUGUUACUUACAGACACAUACCUAUAUGGAGGCUAAUGACUUGCUUUUUGACUUGAAACUUGAAUCACAGAUGCCACAAACAACUGUUAGUGAAUGUAUGAACAUAAUGACACACCAAGUGUGAUGUUAACUCAUUGUAAACACUAGGGUUCAUCUCCAAUGUUAUAAACUCAAUUUGUAUUUCUUCAAUUAUGAGAUGACCCACCAAAAGACCAAGGAGUGUAUCACAAACAAUUUUGGAAAGUUUUAUUUUGGACUUGGAGUAUUGUUAGAUCAGGUAUUCCUUGAUUUACACUAGAACAAUAUGUUAUUUUCUAUUUAGGCACAAAAAAUUAUAAAAAUGUCAUUUGGAUUAUAUCGAUUGAUGAUGGAUUAGUAGCACAUCUCCUCAGUUUUUGUUUUCCUCAUUUUAAACAAGAAGAUCUUGUUUUUGCCUUUUUGAUGCGUUAAACCUUUUCACACCACAUAAUCAAUGUUACCUCCUUGUGUUUCGAUGACAGCCUGCAUCCAUACAGCCACAUUGUUCAUCACAUUUGAUACACAUCAAAAAGGCAAGACUGAACUAAAAACUGUGUAAAAAAUAUCUAAAAAAUCUUGAUUGGUUUAUCUGUGUCAUUGAUAUACUUUUGGAUACGUUUUUGAGAUACCCUGUAUAUAGCAAUGUGAUGAAGUUGAAAAUGACAUAUCCCAUGUAAUUUUCCCAGAUGGAAAACUCCAUGCUGUCUAUUGUUUUCAGGCUUAUUUUGGUCACUAAAAUCAAAAUUGGAUAUUUUCAAAAUUUGGCUUGCCAUACAACACCAACCAAAAUAAAUAUACAUGUAGCACAUUCAGAAAGUAGACUUGGGGUGAUUCAUAUGAGAUGGCAUCUUAGAUAGUGUUCAAUUUAUAAUGUGUAUACAUG